AUGUUCCAGCUGCCCAUCCUGAACUUCAGCCCCCAGCAAGUGGCGGGGGUGUGCGAGACCCUGGAGGAGAGCGGCGACGUGGAGCGCCUGGGCCGCUUCCUCUGGUCGCUGCCCGUGGCCCCGGCGGCCUGCGAGGCCCUCAACAAGAACGAGUCGGUGCUGCGCGCCCGCGCCAUCGUGGCUUUCCACGGCGGCCACUACCGCGAGCUCUACCACAUCCUGGAGAACCACAAGUUCACCAAGGACUCGCACGCCAAGCUGCAGGCGCUGUGGCUCGAGGCGCACUACCAGGAGGCGGAGAAGCUGCGCGGCCGGCCGCUGGGGCCGGUGGACAAGUACCGGGUGCGCAAGAAGUUCCCGCUGCCGCGCACCAUCUGGGACGGCGAGCAGAAGACGCACUGCUUCAAGGAGCGCACGCGGCACCUGCUGCGCGAGUGGUACCUGCAGGACCCGUACCCCAACCCCAGCAAGAAGCGGGAGCUCGCCCAGGCCACCGGACUCACCCCGACGCAGGUGGGCAACUGGUUCAAAAACCGCCGGCAAAGGGACCGGGCGGCUGCUGCGAAGAACAGACUCCAGCAGCAAGUCCUGUCUCAGGGCUCCGGGCGGGUGCUGAGAGCCGAGGAGGAGGGCAGUACCGAGGUGCUGGGAACCACAGCCAGCCCAGCCGCCAGCCUAUCCAGCAAGGCGGCAACUUCAGCCAUCUCCAUCACGUCCAGCGACAGCGAGUGCGACAUCUAG